GUAAGGUAUAAAAAGUUGUCAAAUUUUUCAAGUGUCAUUAAAAAUCACAUGUGAAGCUUUUCAUUGGAAUUUUAACCAAAAUACUUUAAAAAAUUAUGAGUGAACAAUCUUCCCUCAAAGCAAACUACUCAUCAAAUAGCUGCGACAGUUUGAACAUAGAAGAUAGAAUAAAGAUCACACAAUCAUAUCCAACUACGCGUAAGAGCAGUGAAGAUUACUUUGACAGCCAUGACCUGGAGCUCCAUCACUUAUUGGAACAAAGGGAACGUUUAAAACGAAGAUUAUUGGAGAAACCUGAGUAUAUCGAUUAUCGUGAAUUGAUGAAUCAACGGGAAACAGAGAGACAAAGAUUACUUAAAAACUCGAACAAAGCUCAAGAUAAAUGGAUGAUAUCAGGUUUACCAGAAUGUUUAAGGGAUAAGAAAAUUUACCAGUGGUACAAACCACCACCGCUAACGGUUGCUAGAGCGGAAACCAUCCACCCAGCAGUUGAAAAAUGGUUCCGAGCAAUGGACAUGAAGAACGAGGGCCGAAUAUCAUCUAAAGAACUUCAGCAAGCAUUUGAGAUAUUCCAGGGAAAAAAAUUCUCCGAUGCAGCUUGUAAAUUUGUCGUAAGGCUUUUCGACCUGGAUAAAAACGGUGGGCUCGACAUUAAGGAAUUUGAAACCCUUUACUACCAUAUAAAACUGUGGGUCAAUGCUUUUAACACAUAUGAUAGGGGUAAUUCUGGGUUCCUUGGUGAGCCAGAGUUGGAUUACGCUCUGAAGCAUAUGGACAUACAUUUUUCUCCGGACUUUAUCAGAUUUCUAAUUACCAGAAAUAAUCCUGAAGCGAAAACGAUGUCUUUGGAUCAGUAUAUUGUAACCUGUAUACAAAUUCAAAAGUUUACUGAUGAAUUUAAGCGUCGAGAUCCAAAUUAUACUGGAAAUAUCAAUAUUAAAUAUGAAGACUUUUUGGAAUUGAUUCUAAGAUGUUUGUAACAACCAAUAAUUGUCAUUAAUACUA